AUGGGGAUCGUCUACCUGAACCUGACUAUUUUUGGAGUCCUAGGGAACACUUUCCUCCUGUACCUAUACAUCUUUAAGUUCUUUACGGGUUCCAGGACAAGACAUAUAGACCUUAUCAUUAUCCAUUUGGCCUUUGUCAACAUUGCAAUAAUUUUUGGGGGGGGAAUCCCCAAGACAAUGCAAGUUUGGGGUUUGAAAUCUUUUCUGGAUGCCUCUGGUGGUAAAACCAUAUCUUACUUUCAGAGACUAUUCUGGGACCUUUCCCUGUGCAGUCCCUUCCUCCUGAGUGUCUUCCAAGCCAUCACCAUCAGUCCCAACAGCCCCAGAUGGGCAAAGCUCAAAACCAAAGCCUCAAAGUAUAUCAUUCUCUGCUGUGUUCUCUGCUGGAUUUUCAAUCUUCUAAUAGACAUUGCUGUGGCUGCGUACAUAGUUGAUCUGAAGAACAGCAGCAAGGGGACAUGGAACAUUGGAUAUAGCUCUUUAGACCUUGAUCACAUGAAUACAAUAAAAAUUGUCAUCUGGAAGUCUGUUUAUGAAGGGGUACUGUUAAGUCUGAUGGCCAUUGCCAGUGGCUACAUGAUGCUGGUCCUGUACAGACACCACCACCAAGUCCAGCACAUUCAUAGUGUCAGCACCCACAGGGGCUCUCCUGAAAUACGAGCCACCAAAAACAUCUUGCUGCUGGUGAGCACCUACAUCUGCUUUAACACAAUCAGUUUCCCUUUUAUUAUUUAUAUCGCUCCUUCUAGGGAAACCAGGAACUGGGUGAUACAAGUCAUGGUCUUUUUUUCCCUCUGUUAUCCAGCAGUCAGCCCCAUUAUGCUGAUCAUCAAGGAUACCCAGAUCCAUGCAUCUUCUUGUAUUCUUUGA